AUGAAGUCGGAAGUCACCGCUGGCAAGCCCUCUGCAGCGCCCGCGUCGGGCGCCGCAGAGGACCAGGACGAUGCCCUCGCCGUGGUCGGCCCCUCGUCGCACGUCCUCGACCCCGUCGUCACCUCCCGCGUCGUCCGCAAAAUCGACCUCUUCCUGAUCCCCUUCAUGGUCGUCGGCUACGGCCUCGUCUACUACGACAAGGCCAUCCUCGGCUCCGCCGCGCUCUUCGGCAUGACCUCUGACCUGCACCUCGCCGUGGCCCUGCCCUCCGGCAAGACGGACACGCGGCGCCUCAGCUGGGCCACCUCGCUCUUCUACUUUGGCAUGCUCGCCGGCCUGUACCCUCUGACCUUUUCCCUGCAGCGUUUCCGCACGGGCCGCGUGCUCGGCGCCGUCGUCGUGCUGUGGUCGCUCGUGUGCAUGCUCACCGCGGCCGUGACGUCCUGGCGCGCGCUCUUUGCGCAGCGCUUCUUCCUCGGCUUCGUCGAGAGCGUCAUCCCGACGUGCUUCAUGACCGUCGUCAGCAGCUACUACACCCAAAACGAGCAGAGCCUCCGCCAGGGCUGGUGGUUCUCGGCCACGGGCCUCUUCACCAUCAUCGGCGGCGCGCUCAACUACGGCUUCGCGCAAGUGCGCGGCGGAGGGCUGGCCCGCUGGCAGUACAUCUACCUGCUGGCCGGCGCGCUCACGUUCAUCUUCGGCCUGGUGUGCUUCGCAGUGCCCGGCUCGCCUGUGUCGGCGUGGUUCCUGACGCCGGAUGAACGCUUCGUCGCCGUGGAGCGCCUCCGGGCCGGCCAGACGGGCGUGCGGUGCACCAAGUUCAAAGCUGCGCAGCUGCGAGAAGCCGUCCUCGACGUCAAGGUCUGGCUGAUAUUCGUCAUGAUGGCUUCGUGCUACACCAUGAACGGCGCCGUCAGCGGCUUCGGCCCGCUCAUCGUCUCGACGUUUGGCUGGGACACCCUGCAGUCCAUCCUCCUGCAGUUCCCGCUCGCGGGCAUCUGCUUCUUCGUCAUCCUCGCCGUCGGCCACCUGGGCGGGCGCUUCGCCAACAUUCGCGUGUUCCUCCUCGUGGGGACCUGCCUGCCGGUGAUUGCCGGCUGCGCGCUCAUCUGGCAGUCGGAGUGGACGCACCACGCGGCCGCGCCGGUGGUGGGCUACUCGCUUACGGGCUUCUUUGGCGGCACGGCGAGCCUGAUCAUCACGCUCGGCAUGGCAAACGUGGCGGGCCAUACGAAGAAGAGCUUCAUGGCGGCCACCAUUUUCGUGGCGUACUGCGUGGGCAACAUCGUCGGCCCGCAGCUGGUGUGGUCCGAGACCAAGAGCCGGCACUAUCCUGCGUUGUGGCUUGGACUGAUCAUCUGCUAUGUGAUUUGCAUCGUGGCAUCGCUGGUUUUGUAUGUAGCGCUGCGCCGCGAGAACAAGUUGCGGAGCACACUUCCCAUUGACGAGACGGAGCGUGCCAAGCUCGCAUUUCAAGACCUCACAGACAAGGAGAAUCCAUACUUUCGAUACGUAUAUUAG